AUGAGACGCAUUGUUGUGCUGCGGCGAAAGAGUCCAGUUGUGAUUCCCCGGAUGACUUCCUGGUACAAGCACUACUACUACUACUACUACUACUACUACUACUACUACUACUACUACUACUACUACUACUACUACUACUACUACUACUACUACUACUACUACUACUACUACUACUACUACUACUACUACUACUACUACUACUACUACUAG